CCCACUCCCGUGCCUAAACCAAGAAGAUGCUGUAAACUGAAGCAGACAGUUUCUUAGACUUUCUUAAUGGUCCAUGAAGGAAACUGUGAAGCCUCACAAACAGACACAAUGUGGAAACCCGCGUGCACAUUCAGCUCCGCGGUAGAACCACGCGCCGCGGCAGCCGCAGUCACCUGCCUGCUAGUAACCGGGAUGCUGGUCUUCACUGUCGGACAGCCGGGCAGCGCUGACCCGGCGGAGCCUCCGGCAGCUGCAGAGGCGGCCGGCGGGAAAGUUUUUUCGGCGUAUUUCAGGAAGUUGACCCGGGAGAGAAGAGCGACUACGGGCCCCUCGAGGAAAAGCGCUCCCCCCCUGCCGAUGGAGCUCUUGUUCCCGGAGGACGUGUUCAUAGCGGUGAAAAGCACCCUGAGAUAUCACCGGCAGAGGCUGGAGCUGCUGCUGGACACCUGGAUCUCCAGAAAUAUGCAACAGACGUACGUGUUCACUGAUGGAGAGGACGAGAGGCUAAGGAAAAGGAUGGGAGCUCACCUCAUCAACACCAACUGUUCAGCUGCCCACAAUCGUCAGGCCCUCUCCUGUAAAAUGGCUCUGGAAUAUGAUGCCUUUAUCACCUCUGGCAAGAAGUGGUUCUGUCACGUUGAUGAUGAUAACUACGUGAACGUCGGCUCACUCCUGAAACUCUUGUCUCAGUACAGUCACACUCAGGACAUUUACAUUGGCCGGCCCAGCCUUGAGAGACCAAUAGAGGCCAUGGAGAGGCUCAGCCCCACUGAAAUGAAGCAGGUGCGUUUCUGGUUUGCCACAGGAGGAGCAGGCUUUUGUCUCAGUCAAGGCCUCGCGCUCAAGAUGAAGCCCUGGGCCAGUGAUGGUUCUUUCAUGACAACAGCUGAGCACAUUCACCUUCCAGAUGACUGCACUGUAGGAUACAUUGUGGAAGCUCUGCUUGGUGUGAGCCUCAUCCGCUCAGCGUUGUUCCACUCCCACCUGGAAAACCUCGGACUGGUUUCAGAUGCUCACAGCCAGGUGACACUCAGCUACAGCACUGUAGAAAACAGCAAAAACACUGUGAACCUGAGAGGACCUUUGUCAUUAAAAGAAGAUCCUACAAGGUUCAGGUCGCUCCAUUGUCUGCUGUACCCAGACACUCCUUGGUGCCCAAGAUCCCAGUGACUUUAACACCCAUCAAGAGAGACACACAGACUGGUGGAGGACAAUUAUUAAGUGCCUUAACUCAAUAUUCUCUUAUGCUGGGGGAAUUCAAUGCAGUUGCACUUUUAAAAAGAGAAGAGGAAAAACACAAGUGUGAUUUUGAUGGCUUUGUAGAAUCCAGACUCCAUAUCUGAAGUUUUAUGUUGUCAGUGUUCAGUAUUAUCCUUUCUCUGAUAUCAUGAUGACUGAGCACUUUGAUGUUUUCUUUCUGCUGCAUGAAAUUUAUCAUGUGAUACAAAAACAUUUAGGGGAAAAAUGUUUUUUUUUUUUUUUUUUUUAAAGAAAUGUUGAGAACAAGCAUCUCAACAUUUAUAGUAUUAAGCUAGCGGUUAGUUUUGCUAACAGGAAACAGUUAGCUUGGAAUUUGUCCAACGUAACAUAUAUGUAAGUGUGUGUAAACUAACAAUGCAAAACGUUUUAAUACGUGACUUAAAUCAGUGCUGGAUAAAACAAGAUAAUCCAGACAAAACCAAGCUAGCUGUUCUCCUGUCGCCAGUCUUUUUGCUAAGCAUUGGAUCAAGCUUUGAAGCAUCUAUGUUUUGAUAAGAAGGCAAAUAAUGGUAUUUUCCAAAAAUGAACAAACUGUCACCUCUGUGACAAAACAUUCUUCCUUUAUCAAUUUAAAUGGGUGGAUUAUGAAUGUGUUAUGCUGUUUGACAUUUAAAGAGUUAUACAGUAGCACUAUAACAGACAUAAACUAAUAGGUUUAUUAGAGAAAUGACUCAUGUUGGGUUGUCCUUAAUCUUUCUGUGCUUUAAAAGCAGCUGUUACAACUGAACGCGAGACGUUGAGUUGCAUUCUGUACCUAAAUAAAUAAAUGUACAAUAAAAUGAAGAAUCUGAAAUGUUCAUGAUCUUUCCAGUAUCUGGACUCUACGUAGAUAUCAAAUUUGGAGUUAAUAAAAACAGU